GGAGAUGAGUUCCAAUUGCUCUCUGUGGCGGGAGAACAGCUUGUCUGUUAAACGCUUUGCAUUUGCCAAGUUUUCUGAGAUUUCCGGACAGUGUUUUCUCCUAUUCACCCUCAUCCUCCUCAUGUUCUUGGUGUCACUGACAGGUAAUGCACUCAUCACUCUUGCCAUCUGGACCAACCCAGCCCUCCAUACCCCCAUGUACUUCUUUCUGGUCAACUUGUCUUUUCUGGAGAUUGGCUACACAUGCUCUGUAAUACCCAAGAUGCUGCAGAGCCUUGUGAGUGAGGCCCGAGGAAUCUCUCGGGAGGGCUGUGCCACACAGAUGUUUUUCUUCACAUUAUUUGCUAUCAGCGAGUGCUGUCUGUUGGCAGCCAUGGCUUUUGAUCGCUACAUGGCCAUAUGCUCCCCACUCCACUAUGCAGCACGAAUGAGUCGUUCGAUGUGUGCCCACUUGGCAGUGGUGUCUUGGGGAGUGGGAUGCAUGGUAGGCUUGGGACAGACCAAUUAUAUUUUCUCCUUGGACUUCUGUGGACCCUGUGAGAUAGACCACUUCUUCUGUGACCUUCCACCUAUCCUCGCACUUGCCUGUGGAGAUACAUCCCAUAAUGAGACUGCAGUCUUUGUGGUGGCAAUCCUUUGCAUUUCCAGCCCAUUUUUACUGAUCAUUGCUUCCUAUGGAAGAAUUCUAUCUGCAGUGCUUGUGAUGCCCUCCCCUGAUGGCCGCCAUAAAGCCCUCUCCACCUGUUCUUCUCAUCUACUCCUAGUAACGCUCUUCUAUGGCUCAGGAUCUGUCACCUACUUGAGGCCCAAGGCUACACACUCACCUGGAAUAGAUAAACUCCUGGCCCUCUUUUAUACUGUGGUGACAUCCAUGCUCAACCCCAUCAUCUAUAGUCUACGGAACAGGGAAGUCAAGGUGGCACUGAGGAGAACUCUGGGCCAGAGAAAGGUUCUGGCAAUGGAUAGGUAACAGA